GAGGCGCGGCUGAGCCGGGAGCCCGSGGCCCUGCGGACCGUGCGAGAGCAGAGGCGGAAGGAGCGGAGAUGCGGCCGCUCUCCCCGCGCUGCUGAAGAUCCCGGUCACUCGCCGGAGAAGGGAGGCCGGGAAGGUCCGUCCUUCUCGCUGCUCUGCGGGCGCAAAGGGUGCCUGUGCAGUCCCCUCCUCUUGCUUUUAUCCCAGCCCCGGAGCAGGAGCCGCCGCCGCCCCCUAUCCCUUCCUGCGCUCUUCCCACCAUGAGCGGGGCUGUUUUCACCUUAUAAAGAUGGCGGUGUGGGAUCGCUGCAAYCUUUAGACUAAUGACUGUCAGAAACAUCGCCUCCAUCUGUAAUAUGGGCACCAAUGCCUCUGCUCUGGAAAAAGACAUUGGCCCAGAGCAGUUUCCAAUCAAUGAACACUACUUUGGAUUGGUCAAUUUUGGGAACACCUGCUACUGUAACUCCGUGCUGCAGGCAUUGUAUUUUUGCCGGCCAUUUCGAGAAAAUGUAUUAUCAUACAAGGCCCAACAGAAAAAGAAGGAAAACCUCCUGACUUGCCUGGCAGAUCUUUUCCACAGUAUUGCUACUCAGAAGAAAAAAGUUGGAGUUAUUCCACCAAAGAAGUUCAUAUCAAGGUUACGAAAAGAGAAUGAUCUCUUUGACAACUACAUGCAGCAGGAUGCCCAUGAGUUUUUAAAUUACCUGCUCAACACCAUUGCAGACAUUCUGCAGGAGGAGAAGAAACAGGAAAAGCAAAAUGGGAAACUGAAAAAUGGCAACAUGAACGAAGCUGAAGAGAACAAUAAACAAGAGCUCACCUGGGUGCAUGAGAUUUUUCAGGGAACACUGACWAACGAAACUAGAUGUUUGAACUGUGAAACCGUUAGUAGCAAAGAUGAAGAUUUUCUUGACCUUUCUGUUGAUGUGGAGCAGAAUACAUCGAUUACACACUGUCURAGAGACUUCAGUAACACAGAGACACUAUGUAGUGAACAGAAAUACUACUGUGAAACUUGCUGCAGUAAACAAGAGGCACAGAAGAGGAUGAGAGUAAAAAAACUGCCAAUGAUUCUUGCCUUACACCUCAAGAGAUUCAAGUACAUGGAGCAAUUGCACAGGUACACUAAGCUGUCUUACCGUGUAGUGUUUCCUCUGGAGUUGCGUCUCUUCAACACAUCUGGCGAUGCCGUCAACCUGGAUCGGAUGUACGACCUGGUAGCUGUUGUUGUUCACUGUGGCAGUGGACCAAAUCGGGGGCAUUACAUUACUAUCGUAAAAAGUCAUGGAUUUUGGCUCUUGUUUGAUGAUGACAUUGUAGAGAAAAUAGAUGCUCAAGCAAUUGAAGAAUUCUAUGGUCUGACCUCUGAUAUAUCGAAAAAUUCAGAAUCUGGCUAUAUUUUGUUCUAUCAGUCAAGAGAGUGACUUGGCAAACUGUGAUAAUUGCGCACAACAAUGCUGCAGGCAAAAGAAGGUGAUGGCUCCCCUGAACUGUCACACAGACCACAUCUCGGAUGGUUGAACAACAAUACACUCUGUCUCCUAUUAAAUGGUCUWUGUGAUGAUGACUAUAACCGUCCAUUUUUGACAUUCAGAACUUUGUUUGGGGGGGAUUGUAGUUUUUUAAGUCUGAUUGAAGAGCUAAUUGGCGUCAGAUUUWAGUGGAAUUUAUAUGGACUAAUAUUUACAAAUAAUAAGAUUUGGAUGUCAACUGUAAAACCAAAUACACCUAGAGUAGUAUUUUUUAUGGAAGCAUUCGUUACAUUUAGGGCAAAAUKACUUAAAUCUUUCUAAAUGGUUUUGGAGUGUGUUGAUUCACAAAGCAUUCCUUUAAAUACAUCCUGACAUAUACUUCCCCUUUUAAGUGUAAGGAAAAGAAUCCAUUUCAUGAUGAUUUGAGCUGUGGUUGUAUAGGGGAUUUUUUUGUAURUUACUCUGCUGCAUAAAAGAUGUUCUUCCAAAAUAAUUUUAGUGUUGGUUGUUAAAAAUUUUCAGUGCAUGACCACAGACCUAGAGGGAUAUAAAUUACAUAGAGGGAUAUAAAUUACACUGGAACUAAGUAAUUCUGUAUUUUCAGUCACUUUGUCAUGAGAYAGUAGAGAUGAGGUGAAAUUUCAGAAUUUACAGAGCACUGGUAUAAAGGGAGUAAGAUGACACAUAUGAUACAGAGAUAAAUUACAUUUAUAGAAAUUGAUCUUUUUGUUAAAAUGAUGUCACAGAUUGUUUACUUUGAUUGAAUUCGCAAAGAUUGCAACACUGGUCCCAUGUAACAUAUCCAGCAGGGCUGAAAUUACCCARUCCAUUUAAAUAAGCCUUGUUUGUAGACACACACAGCUUGGUCCUGCAAUUUUCUAAAUAUCUGUGUGUCCCAUUUUAAUUUCUCAAGACAGAGUCCAUUUCUUAGAAACAUGUUACAUAGCAACCACUAGUUUACACACUAUCAUGUAUAUAUCAUCCCUAACAUUUUGGUCAUAUUUGAAAGCAUUUUGUUACCACAGAAACAGAUAGGGAUCUGGAGUGCUUGAUUUAAAAAACAUAAAAAGGCUCACYAAGAAAGGCUUAGUUUGUGAUUUUCCUGGGUGAAUUUGGCUGGCGCUUCUCAUGCACUGGCUAAUAAAAUUUCUGAAUUCACCUGAAUACCUUUAAUUUGGCAAAGAAUAAAUGCAGAAGAAAGUAUCAAUAGGGUAUGAGAAGAGAUCGAUAGUGGCUUGAGUCAGUGGUAAUACUGAGUUUGAUACCUUGCUCAGUUUGACACUUUCACUCCAUUAUACAAUUCUUGAACUUCAGUAGCCAAAGUCCUAUUCCAAUGACAUCAAGAGCAAAACCACUCUUCUUGUCUUUAUGGGGACUGAUAGUUGGUUUAGUAUUUACUAGGAAAUAUUCUCAUCUCACAAAAUUUAUUUCUACCUGUUAUAGUUUAUUCACUCAUUAUGUAUUUAUUAGACAAUGUUGCUUUUGGUCCUUUUCUUUAAGAAGCCUGCCUGACACUUUAUGGCCGACACUCCAUUUCAAGAAAUGGCUUUUGAACUGCAGCUACACCUCAUAUUUUAGUCUUCUGUAGAAGAGAGAAUAAUGUUUGUCAUUGUACUCUACUGUGAAUGUGAAAUACYUUUUGUGAAAUUAUGGUGAAAAUGAAGUACUAGCUUCUACUGUAACAUCCUUUGAAGUUCAGUUGGAUUUAUCAAUGGCCACUUUGUAAACUAAGGCAAUGUAGCACUUUAUACUGAAUGAGAAACAGAAGUUGACUUUUCUGCUAAGUUUAUUUGUGAAUUAUCAUAUUAUUAUAGUGGUGGAAGAAAACAGACAUAGAAUGUAACCUUAGAGCAUUUACUUAAGUGAAUGACAGAAGUGGUCUGCAGAGAUCACUCACAUGAAUGAAGGCUGGUAUGCAGGCUCAAGACAAGCAUAAUUAGGAUGCAGUUCUGGUUCUUUUAUUGAUGUCCGAAUGAAAUGUUCCAUCUCUAAUAUAGAAGAUAGACAUCUUACAGGAGACCUCAACUCUCACUGGGACCCAGKAGCUUUACCACUGAAAAGCUAAACCUGCAAAUCCCUCUUUAAUUGAUCUAUUUGUAAGCAUUCAGAAUUWCUGUAUAAAAAUAUAAUAAUUACUGGCCUUUUAAAAUGGGUAAGGUUUUCUCACUGUGAAUGAAAUCACUUUCCAGAUCAGCAUUAUCUAGUGCUGGUUAAUGUCUGUAUUUUGCAGUUUACUGCUGAACAUUCUUUCAAGAUUCUUUAGUUUUAAAAGAGCAGCAAAACAAUACUUAAGGUGUUUGAAAUUUUCAGGGUUCAUGUUUAUAUGAAAAGUAACUUUUAAAACUAAUUUUUAAAUCAGUUCAAUUUUAGGAAGCAUGUUCUUUAUUUCAAUUGACUUAUGCGAAAACUGGUUUUUAAAAGGUURAUAGUAUUGAUUAAUACUUGAAUGCUAAAGUACAGGAUAAUAAUUUCUGGUUUUCUCCACUACAAGACAGCUCUAGAUUGUAAAACAUACAAAUCAUUGCAGUAAGUUAUUGAGAGUAAAAUUACUAGCAUUAACCUUUUCAUAAAAUAUGAAAUAACAUUUUAAAUUCAUGCUAGCCCAUGAAAAGAUCAGAGCACUAGUAUCAGCUUAACAUAAGUACGACAUCAGCUCUGAAAAAUUGUGAAAUACACACUUUAUACUAACACUAGCUAAAUUAGGGGACAUUUUCUCUUGAUAAAAAAAAUCAAAAAAACUGCAGUCACAAUUCUAGAAAUUGGAUCCAGUGUCUAGUGUGCUGAAUGUCUUGAUUGCAGUCCAAAAGCUGUCCAUCACAGCUAUAUGAAUAAUGCCAGUCUAGGCAGAGRAAUCUUUGUCAAAUUAAACACAUUUGCACAAGUUUUGCAGGAUUGGGAUCCCUAUAGGAACAAUCAUGGUGUAAAGUAUUUUAGUUGAUUAAAUAAAGCAUAAUCCCUUUUCUCUUAUGCUUAUGCAUAGAUUUCCAGUCCCUUAUGAAAGAAUGGAAAAAUACCUAAGACAAUAAAAGCUUUUCAGGUAGCAGCUAGAAUACAAAAUGCUAGCACAGGUGUCUGAUAGUAUUCUGUGCUUCCCUAAAAUGACUGAAUUUUAUGGUGUUCAUGUUCCGGGUAUAUUGGGUCUUAGAACAAUUGAAGUUUUCUGGUUGUUUCCCAWGCUGUUGCUGAGAUUUAUAAAUCCUAUUACUAUGUUCCCUACUCAGAAAAAAGAACAUCUUUUUUCUUGUGCUGUGUUUCCAGAGCACUGCAGUGCUGUUGAAUCAGUUAUCUUAGAGGAUGAGCUCAGAACUCUUUUUUUUUUGUUUCCAGAAUAGUCUGUCGGGAUUUUAUGUAAUUUCUAAUUUGGGGACAUAGCAGAGGGARGCAGAAGAGCAGAGUGAUGGAAAAGCCAUGCCAGUGAAGCAGAACACCUUUUUGAAAUUAAGUCCCAAAAUUACUCCUGUCAAUUCUACUUUAAUAAUUUAUUUACCUCAGAGUACUAGAUAAUGAAGGAAGAGUUGUGUCCCUUUAGCAAUUUGAGUAAAGGAAACAGUAGGAGUUUCCCUCAUACCAGGUUUAAUAAAAAUAUUAAAGACCUAAUAAAAUUAAGUGGAAAUUCACCUUACAUGAUGGGUCCUGAAGUGCUACACAACCUGUCUUUUAUCUGCAGACAUUACAUUUCAGUCACUCAUCUAUUCCAGCAUCAUGUACUUGGCACCUGAGCUGCCAGCUUGCAGCUGGCAGUGAUUUGAUGCCUCUCGACAGCAGACCCUUCUUAUUUUAUCUUUUUGCUGCUUGUGGCUGAUAGUUGUGAGCAGUGUCUUACAGCYGAAUGAAUACUAGAAAUUUUAACAAGUUUUGGCUGUGUAUCUGUUCUUUGCUAGUAUCUUUUAGAAGGGUUUGUUUUAAUUUAUUGUUCUUUUGUUGGUCUGUUACUGUAUUUGUAUAAUAACUUAAGUGGUUAAUAUUAUUUGUUUUGCUUUAAUUUUUAUGUACUUUUGUUUUUUUAAAUGUAAUCAACCCAAGCACUUUAAGCAACAAUGUCAAUCUUGUGAAAUUCCAAUCAGCUUAGCAUUUUGCCCUUUGUCUUACUGCUUUUGCAGCCGUUUGCUUGUGAUCCGAUGUCUCCAGUAACAACUCAAUUUCCAUUUUUAGGCCUGUAGUCCUAUUUUGGUUGUAAAUUGGGAAAGCCCAAGCAUUUUCAUACAUAUUUGCUCAUAUGAAAAAAGGAUGCAGCAUUUACUGAGUGUCUGCUACCACAUCAGUGUGUACCUGAGGAGCUGCACUCACAGUGCACAUCUCACAGCCUCUUUUGCACUCUGCCUGCUCAYCCAUCUGAGGAUGGCUGUAAUAGUUUAAUCUGUGACAAAGUUAUCAAUGACUAGAAUUUAGAUAAGUUCUAAAUCUUACAGGAGAAUUCUUUUUUCCUGAACACAGAGUCGGCUGUCAGUCAGCUGAUAAKACAGGUCUCUACCAUUUUAUCAGUGCUCUGUUUAGUCUCAAAUGUGAAUAAUCUGAUGAGCCACAUUUAUUCUAGGCCACUGUGUGAGUGCUGGCAAGGAGAGCAAAUUUUUGCAUCUUUCUUCUCUACACCUGCGCCAAUGUAAAGCAGAGAGACAGUGGAGUAAGAGAAGUGCUGAUGUAAAACUCUGUGGUGUCCAUAUUAGAAAGUCACUGACUUUCAGUGUUGUUAAUGCAAUGGUUAUUCCUARUGUUUUAGAUGCUGUAUUUUCUUUGAUCAAUGAAAAGACCAGGACUUUUUCCUGUUGCAUCAGUUCUGAUACUGAGAUGUUUCUUCUCAAUUUAAUAUGGCCCUUACUGUAUAAAUAGUCUUUGGCAAGCCUCCACAGACAUGCAUUUAAUUUCUUUCCAGUUAAUAUGCAUUACUUCAAAGAGAUUGCUURAACCUGUCUACAAGAUUUAUUUAGAUAACACACUUUAGCAUACAGGGUCAAAUAAAACCUAUCAGGAGGCAUGUGCCCACCUGAUGGGACUGUCUGGCUAAACCCACACUGUUUCACAUACUAAUGAUUCUUUACCCUCUAGGAGAUUUCCUUGCUGGCUUUGCCUGAAUGAUUUAAUAUGAAACUGCAAAUAACUCCCUUUAUUCAUGGUUUCCAAGUUGCUAUARUUCUUUAAUGAAUUCUGCUUCAUUUGGUUAUCAAGACUGGGACUGUUGUACUAUGUAAAAUGAAUUAGCUUGUGUGUGCCAUUCACAGCAGUCAAUUYAACAGCCUAAUGCUUCUGAUAGAGGGUGUUGCAGGUGGCAACUCCACUGUGUGUAAGMAUAUGAAUGAGUAAGUAACUUUUCUGUAAUAGCACAAUAGGACUAAGAUGCAGCUUCCUACCCCCCAUCCUUUAGGUAAUGGUGACCCUUCUCUUAGGGUUCCAAAGUGGCAGGAAUAAGCCCUUUGUGAAAACAUCUUGCAAAACAUGUUGCUUGCUGCAGUAGAUAAUGAAUAUUUGCAACCUCUCUGGCACCGCUCCCCAAAAUCUCAUUAAUAGGUGUACAUUCCUUGAAGAGGCUGAGCUUAAACCUCAGCUUUGUUUUUGCAAUGAUGUUCAUGUUUGAAAUGUCAAAUGUCCCAUGCCAGGCUGUGUCYACAUACUAAAUUGUUUCUUCUCUCAACUCUCUAACAGCAAGAGCAACAUCAGGGCAGCCAUGUUACAGGUUCCAGUGCUUUUCCUGGAGACAAUUUUCUCGUCUUGUGGCUUUCAUUAAAAAAGACCUAACAAGCUCUGGAACCUAUCAUGAUGCUUUAGGAGUAAAGCCACCACACCCUGUAGAAAUAUGAGUGUAGGGUAGGAGAAAGAAGAAAGAGAAGAGGAUGAAAUAUGGAAAAGGUUGGGGUUUUUGGGAGACUUUGAAUAUGUGUAUCUGUUUGUAAAUAUAUAGUCCCUCUCUACCUGUCAAAAUGAUGCAAUCAUAAUAAAACUACUUAAAAUUUUGUGCUAGGUUUUAAAAUGGAAUAAGAGAUAGUCAAAUGAUGAAGCACACAAUUGGGGACACRUGAAAAUACUGGAUUUCUAGUAGAACAUACAAUACUCGGUGUAUGUGUGCAGAAAAAUAUCUGCUCUUUUUAAUCGUCAUGUACAUGUAAUUGAACCCUGCGCCACCUGCAGAACUGUAAGAUAAAAAUCAUGUUGGUUAUUAAGGUUGUAACAUAAGAAAACAGUAUUUUCUCCUGUUAACAUGUUUAUAUUUUACAUAAAAUAAACUCCCUAGCUGAUCUU